GGUUCAUAGAGUUGUGGUGUGUAGCAAGGAAGACUGCUGUUUUGAAGAGACGGACUUAUCCAGCAUCUUAAGGAAGAAACAGCCAUGGAAUUUGGAGGGAUAUUGAAAGAGGAGGACAUCGCUGCAGCAGUCCAGGCUUGUCUAGAUCCAGGCACCUUCUCUCACAAGUCCUUCUUUGAACAAGUGGGGCUUCUCGGCAGAUCAAACGCAGAUGGGCAGAAGGUGUUUAAAGUCCUCGACCAAGACAAGAGUGGAUUUAUUGAGGAAGAGGAGCUCAAACUGUUUCUUCAGAACUUUGUGGCAGGAGCCAGAGAGCUGACAGAAGCUGAGACCAAAGCUUUCUUGGCUGCUGGAGACAGCGAUGGAGAUGGCAAAAUUGGGAUGCAAGAAUUCUGUAUGCUGCUAAACUGAAACAAUAAUAUAUCUACUGAACCAUUGCUGAGGACUGGUGGUUUUCUUUUUUACUUAUUUUUACUUAUGUUAUGAAAAUUAGAAUUUUAGUUGUUACAAUCAGA